AUGUCGACCCUCACGUUUCCGAUCCUGUGGAAGGAUGCCCAUGAGCGGGGCAUCAAGGGAGUCAUCGAGCUCAGCAUGUCCGAUUUGCCGCUGAAAGGCGCUCGAGUUCGAGACUUGUUCCCGGUACUGAAUACGAAGAUCAACGCCAAGUUCCCGUUCGAGCGAAAUAGUCGCGAAGUGGAGACUUUUCUACUUUAUGGAACCCGUGUGAGUCGUGAUCGUUCACUGAAAGCACUCAUUCCCGAGCUGCGUAGUUGUCCACGAUUUGUAGUGAGCAUGAGACUCUACCCAAACUGGGCGCCCAGAAGCAGCAUUAGGAUCUUUAUUAAAACGCUCACAGACAGAAUUAUUCUAAUUAACUGCGAGACCACCGAUACGGUUGUCUGUCUCAAGUCCAGAAUUCGAGACAAGGAAGGCAUUGCACCUGAUGUCCAGAGUCUUGUCUUCGCAGGCAAAGAGCUCGAAAACCAUCUUUCGCUGCGUACUUACGGUAUCAAAAACCUGAGCCAAGUGCAUCUGGUGCGGCUGAUGCGUGGUGGUGGAGGUCCACCACGGAUGUUUGCCGAUUGGCGUAUUGUCCGCAGAGGACUGAACAUCGAGGGGAGAUGCAAGAAUGUGGAGUGUGCUGCAUAUCAACACAUGGUUAUCCACCCCAAGCAGUAUGAAGCAUUUAAUCUCAUGCGAGAUGACGACAUUCGAUGUCCCAUCUGUCACUCAAAGGUGAAGCCUCGAACUUGUGGGUUUUACGAUUGUGUCUGGAAAUUUGACGGAACACAAGAACAAAACGGGUUUUCAAUUAUUUCGCAGUGGAAGGAAGCUUUUGGUCGGAAUUUGAUGAUUGUAGCCAGACGGCGAGAUGAGUCGACUGAGGUGAUGCUAUCACCAUCCGCCCAAGCUACUGGAAUAAGCAGAAGCGACAAGUGCUCGAUCUGCUGGUCCAAGUUCGGCUUGACAGCAUCAGGCUUCGUUGUUACGAUUAGCUGUGGACAUAGCUUCCACUGUUCUUGCAUUGACAAAUGGUCGGGGUGGUGCAUGAACAACGGUACUCUACCAAGCUGUCCUGUGUGUCGCAGAGAAGUACAGACGCCUGCUUAUGCUUGA